AUGGGUCUCUGCAGUCGGUGUCUUCUGACAGAGGAGCGUCAGUGUCCAGUGUGUCUGGAUGUGCUCGAUGAUCCAGUCACCACUCCAUGUGGACACAACUUUUGCAAGACCUGUCUGAAAGAAUGCUGGGAUAACAGUCAGGAUUACAAAUGCCCGUAUUGUAAAGAAACAUUCAACAAACGACCUGAUCUAAAGAACAACACAGUUCUUAGAGAAAUUGUGCAACUCUUUGAGAAAAACACCACAGCCCAGUUAUGCGCCAGUGGUCUGUUAUCUGAAGAGCUUCAGUGUUCCAUCUGUCUGGAUGUAUUCAAUGAUCCAGUCACUACUCCAUGUGGACACAACUUCUGUAAGACCUGCCUUGAGAAGUGCUGGGACAACAGUCAGGUCUGCACCUGCCCAUAUUGUAAAGAAGCAUUCAACAAAUGUCCUGAUCUAAAAUGCAACACAGCUCUUCGAGAGAUUGUGCAACUCUUUGAGAAAAACACAGGUUACAAGAGGGAGCCGAUAAUGACAGAAUAUUUACAACCCUUAAAAACAGACGUCCAAGAAGAGACUCUGUACAAACCUUCAAAAAUGGCUUUCUCAAGCAGUGCCCUGAAUGAAAACCUUCAGUGCUUAAUUUGUCUGGAGCUGUCCACUGAUCCGGUGAAAACACCAUGUGGACACAACUUCUGUAAGGCCUGUCUGAAGGAAUGCUGGGAAAGCAGUCAUGAUAACAGAUGUCCAUGCUGUAAAGAAAAUUUAAACAAUAGAGCAGAUCUUAGAGAUUUUGAGCAGCUAUGGUCUCAAUCUGAGGUCCUGAUGUGUCAGAACUUUUGCUGUGAGCCUAAAGUGGAGCCUCAUGGGAGAGUCCUAAAGAUAAAGCAGGUCAUGAUGAUUGACCUUGUGGUGAAUUUGUUUUCUAAAAUAAUCCAGAAACAUGACAGACCUCUGGAGUUGUUCUGUAGAGAUGAUCAUACGUCUGUGUGUCUGUCCUGUAAUGAUGAAGACCACAAGACUCACAACACUGUUCCUGUUGAAGAUGAGAGUGAAAAGAAAAAGACAAAGAAGGUGAUGAUGCACAAGCUUGUGCAGCAGGUGAUGCAGAACACAAUGAAGAAAAAUGAAGAAAUCAAAUGCUCUAAAAUGAAAAUGAGCAAAAAAAAUAAAGAGAAAGAGGAAGCAGACAACACUGAGCUCUGCACUGAUCUGAAUUACUCCACUGAGAGAUGUCAGAUGAUACUUCCUGAGCACUGGGCGAAGACCAGGAUGAAAUUUUUAUUGCUGCUGCAAUCCUUUCAUCCUCCUGGAUCUACAGGAUGUAGCCUUUACAAAAAAGGAUAAAAGCACCGUUUUGCAAGUUCUUUCAAGCUUAAAGAAAAAAAUCAUUAAUCUUUCAACCAAUAAUCUCAUCAAUAUAUUAAG